UGUUGUGCCCGAAAGGGACGUGUUUCAAACAGAAGAAAUACCUUUCAGACUUCGGCGGCAAGCAACGUCAUGGAAGAGGGCGAGAGGUCUUUCUCGCUCGAGGAGCCGCCGUUGCGAAUCCAGCUGCGGGAGCAUCAAACGGAAGCUGGUUUUCAGCGUCGUGAGCAGUUCCAAGACACUCUGGUACCUGAUCACAGACUCCCGCCUCAAGGAAAUCUCGGCGAUCAGUUGAAGUCGCAGCUGGUGGAGCUGGGGAACUUCGUUGGCUCCUUGCAGCUCCGCGCAGAGAAGCGCUCGAACGGAGAGCGCUCGCCCUUCGACUGCUUGGCAGGAGAUGGUGAUGACCACGCCGCCGGCAGCUCUCCCGCGGAUCGAUGCGAGGCCAAGGAGGGGAGCCCUGCGAGCUAUCACAGCCCAGGAUCUGGAGGCGGGGACCGAGAGGAGCUGGAGGUGUUGCGCUUGCAGAUUGCGGCCCUGGCGCAAUCGUUGGCAGGACUUGGCGCCUGUGUGGUGAACUGGUCCGCGUUUUUGACGAAUCCUCGGCGGCAGCAGCUGCAGUCCAUGGUCUUACGCUACACGGAGCCCUGUGAACACCUCAGCGCGGAGCUUCAGGAGCUUUGCCGAGAUUUGAAUUCCAUGGACCUGGGCACGCCUAAGGCUGAGCAGGCCGCGCUGACGCCCCUCACCGUGGGAGCGCUGCGGGACAUGUUGACGGCCCACCAACCGGAGGAUAGCCGCCGAGCAGAGACGUCGAAUGUACAUAAUCCAGAUCCAGACCCUGCGGCGUCGCGCGAGCGGAUUGUGUUCUGA